CAUGUGUGGCGGUGACUUGGGGAGGGAUGACGUCAUUAUAAGAAAUUGCAUAACUGUUCAUUGUAAUUUGUAUCGACGAGGAGGGCAAAGAGUGAGCAAGUGUGCACUUAGCUCAUGAGAGUGCACAUUUUGAAAGUGUAGUGUCAUUGUUAUGGCAAUAUGAAUCCACCUCCUCUUCUUAUCUCCUUUUAAUGUGGGAAUCGCAUCCACUGGAGUUAGUCUCUCCCCAAGAUGGCCAUGAUUGAGGGUGUUUAGGGUCCAUUGCUGCACACUAACAUUUGAGGCUUAGUGCGGACGCACGCAUGCACUGAAGAUUCCAAGUGGAAGUAUGGAAGGGUGUGAAUUAAGACGCAGCCCAAAAUAGCGCACCUGUUCCAACAGAGCUGCACAUUUUGCCCUUUGAGUUAGCAUGUGCUGAGCAUUCACACUAUCUUUCCCUCCAUCAAUUGCCUCGCAGAAAAAACCCAAAUAUUCCGCUACACGCAGACUGCACUUGAAGGUGAGUCAUAUCAAUAUCAAUGUUUCCCACAAUGCAAUGUAAAACUGAUGAAUGUGUUUUGACAUAAAAGUCCAUCUUGCUGAGGAAGGCAGCUUCCAUGCUUUUGGCUGAGGACGAAGCAAAGAAGGCAGAGAGAGAAAGAGUCUUCAGUGAAAGUUUCCCUUCACCAAAGCUCUCAGACCUGUCAGUCCAAGACCUCAAGGAACUGUGCCGAGAAAUACACCAGAAGAUUGAUGUUGCGGACGAAGCUCGAUACGACAUCGACAUCAAGGUGGCCAAAAAUGAAAGUGAGAUUGUCACACUGAAACAGAAGAUCCGUGAGCUGAAGGGGAUCAGGCGACCCAGCUUGAAGAGGGUGAAGAAAACCACAGACAACAUGCUGGGCGCUUACUCGGACACCUCCAAACUGAUGAAGGCUGACUUCAAGGCCAACCUCAAGACCGUAAAGAAGGAGGAAGAAAAACGGGAGGAAGUGACUGACUGGCGCAAGAACGUGGAGGCCAUGUCUGGAAUGGAGGGCAGGAAGAAGCUGUUUGACGCCGGGCAACAACAGAAGUCAUGAUCAUUGUGUGUGAGGGGAGUAGUCAUAGACGGUAUGCUAAUACAACUAAGACACAUGAGUGGAAAAACGUCAUCACUGUCCUCAACAACAUUUAAAGGAGAAUUGCACUUUUUUUUAAAUGUUGCCUAUCAUUCACAAUCCUUAUGUGAGACAUGAACACUUGUUUUUCUUCUUUUGAUGCAUUCUAACUCCUAAAUAAUGGCUGGCAAAAGACAGCUUGAUAAUAGAGCUAAUGACAUUCACGCUAUUCCACCUAUAAAAGCGCAC